AUGCCUAACAUAUGCAAAUUACAUUAUAAAAUAAUAGAUAUAGUUUGUGUAGAUUGCAAAUAAAAAAUUUGUCCAAAUUGUGCUUUAUUUGGAAAACAUAAAAAUCAUUUUGUAAAAACUGAAGAUGAGGUUCUAACUGAAAUAAUUAAAAGGGCAGAAACUUUAAUUGGAAUGUUUAAAAUUAUUGAAAAAGGUCCUAAAGAUGCUAUUAAUUUAAUUUAAAUAUGGAAAAAUAAUGUUUGGAAAAAAUUAUCAGCUUUCUGUGAAAAUUAAAAUGAAGAAAGUUAUUCAUUAGAUCUUAUGGCAGAUGAAAAUGAUAUAAAUAAUGAAAAUGAUAUAAUAAAUUAAGGCAAAUUAUAAUUUAGAAAAACAUUUGGAAGAGUUUUAAUUUGA